AACCAACGGGGGAAAGCAGAAACAAACCCUAAAAAAAUUGACACCAACAACAGAAUUCAGCAGCAACACGAGAGAGAUGAUGAAGCACACGCAAACGAUUUUCAAAAAGGCAAUAAUAGAUUGGAUAUUCCUCUUUAAUAUGUCCGCUUUUUCGCUGCUAAUUCAUGACUUUUGUAUCGAGAUGAUUCUCCAGUAUUGGCGUAGAGGCUAUUCUUCCCCUUUGUCCUCGAGGGUCAAGCAGGGGUUGGCGGAGCAGGAUGGCUUGGCUCUCUUUGGAGCUUUUAUUGGUGGAUGGUGUAUCCACACUUUCAUGAAUAUUUACAAGAAAAGAGAGCAUUGGUACAGAGUAGACAGAUUGUCGAAAGAGAACGAUAGGCGUUUUCAUGAGGUGUUUAAUAAAUGUGCGCAGCAGACUAUGGAAAUUACUGCUGAAGUCGAAGCCGCUCUUGCUGAUAGGAAAAGCCGAGGCGAUUCUGUCUAGUCUCUUCCCCCAAUCGCAUAUAUUGUCUCUCUCGGACUAUAUUCGCAUUCUGUGUAAUAAGUGUAUACUCUGGAACAUGCUUGCUUGUUGACUUGUUUGGAGAAAAAGUUUAUGUUGUGCUUUGUAUCUGUGUGUGGUUGUUCUAUUAUUAUUAAGCUUAGAUAACAUUAAUCAUCUUAUAUUUAAC